AAUAUUAUUAUGCUUGUAUAAUAAAUUUAUUGGGAGGAAUAGGAAUCUUGAGCUGGCCGCAUAAUUGUCAUAAAGGGCUAAUAAACUAGGCCCUCUUACCCCGCGGGAAUAGUCACGUGACUUAGCACUGGCCAUCGGAAAGGCCAUCUGGUAAACAGAACAGACAGAAAGAAGCCUCCGCCAUUGCAACAGAAGCGAACACACAGCGUCGCCUUUUGAACAACUGCGUAGCUUAUUGCACACAAACAGAACUGGUAAGUACAAUUUACAAUUCUAAAGCUCUUGCCAGCGCUGUAAGGUACGAAAGCAGCACUAGAUCCGCUACGAUAUGAGCGAAAUUACGAUCGUAGCUCAGAUUACUGUCACGGAACAAAGGGUAACAAAAACCCACUCCGCCAAAAUUUGCUCUUUUCGUGACCCUCAUACCUCCUCCGUCUAAUCUCCUCCCCCAAAAAAUUUUCCUUCACCUUUCAUACGAGACCUACAACCGCAUAUACUGCUUACGCUGUGCUCCUUAGCUCACGUGCAAAACAACAACAAAAAAAAAAAAAAAAAAAAUUAUGCUACGCGAGGGGUGCCACCCGCUAAUUGGAACAGCCUCCACUCUCCCAUUCCAAGACGAUGGCUCAGUUCCCGGAUGUAGUGCUCUCUUUAAUGCACGGAGGGGUUGUGCCCAUUUACCUCAAUACCCGUUAUAUUUUUAAGCAAUUGCCCAUACCCCUCUAGGGGCGAUACCUAAUAAUCAUUGCUAUACCACGCUGCUUUCGUACCUUCCAUGCAAUGAGAUUGCCGUCCAUACGAUGGUUUUUUCGCCUAGCGCAGCAAGCGAGGUGCUUGCACUGGCCCAUGCAUGACUAGCUUAAGGACAUGUCGCGCCCUCAUUUCCUGCUGUUAGGCAGCAGCCUCAUUAAACGUAUGGCCAACCCUGUAAACAUUGACCAAGACACUAUAGAUAGAUGCCCUCCAGACCUGGACCUCCGGGACAAAUGUAAAAUUACAAUGAUUGGACUUAGUGGUGGAACGCUACGGACAAUAAAGGAACUGCCAGUGCUACGUAGACUUGAGAAUUUUGAUGGCCUCUUCUGCCAAAUGCUAGGCAAUGAUAUCGCUUGGAAUACUCCCAAGGCACAAGUUAAACAGAUAGUGUCCGAGUAUGUGACAUUGCUGGAAACCUGGGCUGCCCAACUGCGAGUGGUUUUUGUGGGCCAGUUGAUACCCAGACGUCACUCCCCCACACCCAGCAGCAGGAUCAAGACCCCCGCGCAAGAAGUCCAGUACAGAUUAAAAAUCAGGUUCGCCAACACAUUCUUACAACGGGCUUUGCAAACUACCAACGUCAAAUUUUGGAAAAUGAAAGGUACCUAUGACGCCGCAUCUGCCAUGGUGUGCAUGGAUGGCACGCAUUUCAACGCUUAUGGCCAUGUCAGGUUUUGGAAAAAUCUCAAGUCUGCUGCUAGCAAUAUGGCUAAUAGAAUCAAGAAUGAACCCUCCGGGGAUUCCUCCAAUAGGUCCGCAGAUGGGACCAUUUAUGCAGCUGCUGAUGGGCAAUCAGCCAGCUGGACAGGCAGCACCACAACAGCCGCUGCCCCCAGCAACAGCCACAACCACAACAACAGCAGCAGCAACAAGGCCAACCUAUGCAAGCCAACCCACCUCAGCCGCAGGCCCCCCUUCAGGUGCAGGCCCCAAUGCAGCACCAGCUAGGGCUGCAAAAUGCAAACAUGCAACAAGCGGUAAACCAGGCACAGGGCCAGGCUCAAAAUCCAGCAGUGGGCCAACCACCAGGCCAAGCCCAGGGUCCAGCACUAGGCCAAGCGAUAGGUCAAGCGCAAAAUCCCGCACAAGGUCCGGCCUACAAUCAGCAACUCCACAACCAACCAGGUCCAAUUGGACAAGGGCCAGGGUUUCUAACAGGUGUAGGCCAAGCCCUGGGGGCUCCUCAGCUUCUCACGCAAGGGACCCACAACCAGAUGCCCCUCGGCGGUGGAGGCAUGCAGUUCCCUCAGGCCAUAGGGAAUCAGUACAUGGCCACAAUGGGAUGGCAGGGAGCAGGAGGGGGGCAGCCUCCUCAGGCUGGCGUAGCCCAGCAGAUUCUCCCCGGCACAGGAAUGGGCGUGAUAGGGAUGCAGCUCCCUCACGCUGGGGUAGCCCAGCAGCCCAUUCAUGCAGCAGGACUUGGUGGGAUAGGGGGGCAGCCUCCUAUAGCUGGUGUAGGCCAGCAACCCACCACAGUCGCCGGCUUCGGACCCGGGAUGACACAAGCCGGAUUAACAGUUACACCCAGAGGCCAGGCCACAGCAGGACCAGCUACCACCACUAAUUUCCUCCAACGGAUUACUGCAAAACGUAACACACUCCUGAGACAGGCAAAAGCACCUAGUACAACAUCCACUUAUGGACAGGUGGAGAAAUAUAUAGAUGCCUUUGAGUUAAAAUCUGGACUGAAAUUAUUCCCAGGCGAUGCCAUCACAACAUCAUUAUUUGUCACUUUUCUCAGUGAAUGGCUAGCCCCUGGGACAAUACGAACGCUACUGUCAGCGCUAUCAUACAAGUACAAAGUCGCAUGCUGGCCAGACCCAACUAAACAUUUUUUAGUAGUAGAAACAUGGAAGGGUCACUAUAAACAUGCGUAUGCCAAAGACAAGAGACUCCCCAUAACGCUGGAUAUCCUCACUAGACUCCACCAACAAUGUGCCCGCCUUUUCCCACGCCCCUAUGACGUCUGCCUUUACCAGACAAUGAUGUUACUAGCCUUUUUCGGCUUGCUACGAAUUAGUGAACUUGUUCAGACAACAGCGGAGCAUGCUGUAUUAGCCGAACAUGUGGAAAUCCACAGCGAUAAAGCAAUUAUCACACUGCCGUCUCAUAAACACAGCUCCUCCCACAUAGCCAGUAAAAUUACCCUCUGGAGACAACAAUAUCUGCUGUGUCCAGUGCAACAGCUAGAACGCUAUUUGGCAGUAAGACCAUACCCUGUCUCAUCUCAACUUUUUGUAUCUCACUUGGGCUACCCCAUCUCGAGAGCACAAUUUGUGAGGGCUCUCUCUCACCUUUUCCACUCACUGCAAUUAAACAGUACUCAAUUCAAGAGCCAUUCCUUUCGCAUCGGGGGGGCAACAUUUGCGGCAUCCCUAGGUAUGUCUAGUGAGGCCAUUCGGCAGCUGGGCCGCUGGAAAUCUUCAGCAUUUACCAAAUAUAUUAGGUAUUAAAAUGUAUCGCAAGGCAAACGACCAAACACUUGAUAGACAUCAAAGCCUUCCCUAUAACGGUUGAGAAACUUAUAGUUUUUGCGCUACGCCAAAUAAGUGCUAUUGAUAGCCUUAAAUUAUGCUGCACAUAAUGUUAACAAGUAUGCGCUGAUAUUAUCUGCUGAUUAAGCGGUGUACAGUAGCCUCCAUGUAGUGUCAUUAGCCAAAGGGCACCACGGGACCACAACUGAGUAGCACCCGAACAACUGUAUAUAGGCCCACUUGUACAAUAUAAUACCACUACGCUGCAGCCUAAUCUGGCUUACAUUACUGCUCUCAGUCUCAUCCUUGGGUGCCCAUUAGCAUACUGUGAUGUUUUAUCUAGAUGUAAUGUUCUACUUGAUCUGUCCUCAUUCCACGCUGGUCUGAUAAAAAUGUAUUACUAUUAGUCAAUUGUUUAAUUUUUGUGUUACCUAUGUAGGAUGGCUAGAUGUGUAAAGCUCAGGCAUAUUUGACCUGCUGGGGCUCCAGACUAUGUAUAGAACUGAGGACAAAUCCAUAGAACUGCAACAUGAAUGCCUAUGAAACCUGUCAUAUAGAAGGCUGAUGUUAGUUAAAGGCUUCCAUAGAAUCGAUCUGUUUGAUUAGUGCUAUACCCAAAAGCUACAGUUAUUCUCUUUUGUUAUCAUGCCUGCCCACCGUCCACCCCCAUUAGCACUUUCCUAGUCAUUCAUGCCAUGUAAAUAAAAGAGAUUAUAAUCUAGAA